GUCUUAACGAUCAAUGAAUUUCACAAUAUUCAGUUUUGUUUGGCUAAUCAAACUAAUCUAUGUCCUUUAUCAGGUGUUGAUAUUUUACGAAAACGAUCGAUUGAUCAUGAAUCUAACUGGGAUUUGUGGAAAUAUUUUCUUGCUCUAAUAAUAAUGGCGGUAUUGUCGUUCUUAAUGGCUUAUGUGAGAUUACGAUUGAUUAAGAAAGUGAAAUAAAUGACCAAUUUGGAAUUUAACGAUAUUUAAGUUUAUACUAAGAAAUAUUUACUCUGCAUCUAUAAAUUGUAUCUAUUUUGAAAAUCGAGAAUGAAUAACUUGAUUAAAUUUUGUUUUUUGUUAAUAGAGAUCUCUUAAUUUCGGAUAAUAAGUCAUAUAAAUCAGUGUUCAAUAAAUGUUUUUGAUUAAAUAUUCGACUGAUGUCUUGUGGAUGUGGGUGUGAGACAAUGUGCAAGUGAAACAAGAAGAAUAGCCACUAACAUUCUCACACUAGAACGCAAAACAAACCAUCUUGAAGAUGGGUGUGGAUAUUCUAUCCAUCUCUCGCAUCCACUCACAGCCAUACCCAAAUCUUAAAUUUCGAAUUUGAUUUCAUUGGAAAAUGGACACGACAGUGGAUUAACUGAUAAAUUUUCUAAAACAUUAAAUAUAAAUUUAGAUUUUGAAUAUUUAACUGGAUCUUAUCCAGGUCCAUCACCAGCAUCGCUUUUACAAGCAUAAAUAUUAUCAGAUACAGGUGGUGGAAUUAGCCUUGAACGUCUUGAAACAGUUGGAGUUUCAUUUCCUAAACAAGUCUUUACUGUUUAUAUAUUUUGUACAUAUACACAGAUACAUGGAGGAAAAUUAAGUUUUUUUCAUUCAAAAAGUGUUUCAAAUUAUAAUUUACAUGAGCUCGGAAAACGAAAAUCAUUAGGAGAAUAUUUAAUUAGCAUAAAAUUUGAACCAUUUGAAAAUUGGAUUCCACCUCUCUUUACAUCGGAAUUACGAAACGAAUAUGGUUUAUUAUCAAGUUCAGGAGUAGAAUUAUGGACAAAAUCUGAAUCAACAACUAAUGUUGAUUGA